AUGAAAGUGCGGCUUGGAAUUACUGAAGUUCCUCCGAGGAAAUGGUCCAAACGAGGUGAACCGAAUUGGCGCGAGACUAUGGUUUUGAACCAGCACGAUUCUUUCCACCAGAUCGCCGAUACGUUGUGCGAAACCACCGUGAAGAAGCAACGAAAACCUGGUGGACUGACGUAUCACACUGACGACCAAAUUUGGACGAUGGAGAUCGCGCCCUACCAGUACGCAACAAAGAUUCGCGAUCCAUUUCAAGUCUCACGUAGUCGACGUCCUGUCCAAGUUGUUCCAGAGAACGUCGUCACUGCUUGGGAUCUCCAGAACGUUCACUUCCACGAAUUUAGCGACGUGCUGCCUUGUAACACCAAGAUUGGACGUACUUUGUUGAAACAAGGAACUGUGAUUUCGUUUGAAUACGAUCAAACCAAGCGAUUCCUUAAGGUUCUCGAGGUUAGCCACUGA